UGUACAGAAUACAAUAUAGUGGAGCCCACCCCUGGUUGAUAUUUAAUCAUGCUCUCGUCCUCAUCGACAAUUCCGCCUCGUCUUCCCUCCCCAUCCAUAUUCUCUUUCUCUCCGUCGCCAUUGUUUCUCCUCAAGUUCUUGCCGCAGUUUUCCUCUCUGAUAUGAAUCCAUGAGUAGAGUGGAAGCGGAGUAGAUCUUGUUAAAUACUAGGUUAUAAUUAUUAUCCUCCAAAUUUGCAUCUGAUUUGAAGCCAUGAAGCAACCUUAGCCAAAGUCCCAUGUGAUUGGAGGCGGGAAUCAAAGUAACUACUGCAUGCGUUUGUACCAGAUCUUAUCCGGUGAUCUAUCCAUUGUCGGCUGAAAGAAGCAAAUAAGGUUAAUAUGGAAAUUGAGAGGGACAGUGUGCGAGGCAGUUUUAUGGAACUACUAAACAUGGUUGAGCAGCCAAUGUCAAAUUUCAAUCAACAGAGCACUGUAAACUCAGUACCUGAAGAAAGUUCAUGUUAUUCUGAUAGACCUUAUUGCUCAGAAGACAAUGAUGUAAUUUCCAGACCUAACUUAAGGGUUGACACUUAUGAUUAUGUCGAUGACUCAAAUGAAGUAGAGUCACGUCUACUAUGUAUCAAAGACCCGUUCGAACUUCCAGAUAAGAUGUCUAGGCCUGAAAAUCUAGAUGAGCACUACCUAUUUUCUGCAUACAAUGUUCAUACUGAAGAGUCAGAUUCAAAUGAAAGAUACAUCGAAGGAGGACCAGUUGGAGCUGUGGAACACGGAAUUAGAAGUUUUUGUGAAGACACUUCUGUUCAAAUGUUAAGGCCGGUUGUUGGUAUGAAGUUUUCAUCUAUUGCAGAAGCAUAUGACUUCUACAAUACUUAUUCUUGGGUGCUUGGUUUCAGUAUUCGCAAUGGUGAUAAUUAUAUCACGAUUCGCACUCGCGUACAGACAAUGCAGGAAUUCACUUGCCAAAGAGCAGGCUUCAGACAAGAAUACUAAAUAUGCAACUACUAGAUGUGGUUGCAAGGCAACACUCAGGUUACAUCUCAAUGAAAAUUCAGAAUGGUAUGUCAAAGUUUUUCGGGAGGAACACAACCAUGCCCUUGUGGAAUCUUGCAGCGAGAAGAAGCACCUGCAUGCACAUCAACAUAUUGACAAGCCAAUCAGAGACUUAAUAAAGAAUCUUCGAGAGAACAACGUAUCACUAACAAGGGUUAAUUCUAUAGUUGCUGGUUUCUAUGGAUCAACAAAGAAAGUUCCAUUCUGUAAGCGGAAGUUACGUACUGUUUGUUCACAGAUUGCUAGUGAAACGCUUCAGGACGACAUAGCUAAAACACUAGAGAACUUCCGUGAUAUGAUAGCAAUGGACGAUAGAUUUGCUUUCUGUGCACAGGUGGAUGAUGACAAUAGGCUGAGUCACUAAUGUGGACUACUGGAAGGAGUAGAUCAUUAUAUAAUCACUUUGGAGAGUGCAAUAACUUUUGACACCACGUAUGGAACAAACAUCUACAAAAUGCCAUUUGGUAUGUUUGUAGGAGUUAGUAACCACUUUGAGAGUGUAAUCUUCGCUGGAGUAUUCUUGACUAAUGAGAAGGAAGAGAAUUUCCGUUGGGAUUUUAAGCAAUUUGUUGCUAUGAUGGGUGGGAAACCACCAGUUACUAUUCUUACAGAUCAGGCUAGGGCCAUUGGAAAUGCAGUCAUGGCAGAGCUUCCUAAUGCAACACAUAGAUGGUGCAAAUGGCACGUUCUGAAGAGGGCUCAUGAACUUCUUGGUGUUGUUUACAGAAAUCAUAAAACCUUUGCCGAUGAUUUCCAUAAGCUAGUAAAUCACAUGCUAACAAUACAGGAGUUUGAAGAUGCAUGGAAUUUUGUUACGGUAAAGUAUGGUUUACAGGAGCAUCCUUUCAUGACUAGAGCGUACGAGUGUAGGCACAAAUGGGCCAAAUCAUACUUUAGUAAAGUAUUAUGUGCUAGAAUGUGUAGCACUCAACGUAGUGAAUGUGCAAACAUGAUGUUGAAGAUACAUACUGUAUGUAAUUCUUCAAUAAAUGCAUUCAUUACACAGUACACUAAACUGAUAGACGAUCGGGAGAGUUGUGACGCAGAAGCUGAAAGGAAGAACAAACAGAAAAUAUUAAAGGUCCAUUUUGGAUAUCCCAUGGAGAAGCAUGCUUCUGUUAUCUAUACACCAAAGGUUUAUAAUCUAUUCAAGAAGGAGCUCAUUAAGUCUACAUCAUACCUUGUGCUUCCUAGCCAUGAGGAACAUACUUUUGUUGUGAAGCACGUCCAGGCCGAGUCUAGGGAAUCAUGGUCUAAAGUAAUUUACAAAAUCAAAGUAGAUGAGUCAAUUGGAUAUUACACAUGUGAAUGUGGACUUGACGAACAUUUUGGUGUUCUUUGUAGCCAUGUCCUAGCGAUUUUUGUGAACCGAGGUGUCUGCAAAAUUCCAGAUUGUCACAUAAUGAAGCGGUGGACAAAGCAAGCUAGGUCAUCUACUUUCAGCAACAAGUUGGAGAAAUAUAUCGGCGACACUAACGAGGAAUCGAGAUCAUUUAGGCACCAGCUAUUAUAUUUCGCGGCAAUAGAUAUAGUUAAUGAAGCUGAGAUCGAUCCAGAUGCAUUUGCAAUUGCAAAGUCUAAUUUUACUCGUUGCAAGAAGGAAUUACAGGAGCACAAACUUUCAAAGACAACUACAUGCCAGUGGGAACAGUUCCAUUGUUUCCUUUAAUGGACAACAGCUCAUACAACAACAAAGGCUUGAAGGACAUUACACUUUCCUGCAGAAGAAGGAACAUGCAAUGGAAUAUUAGUAAGAUUCAACAUUUUUCCAUAAUUGUAUAAUGACAGAAGCCUUAUCUAUUUAGAAAACUACCUGCGUGUAGCUUCCAUUAAUUUUGUCUCCAUGGAAAUCACGAAUGAAAAUAAUAGUCACCAAACCUGAGUCCUCACUGUAUAACUUAUUCACAUUAGAAUUUAUUGUAGAAAUUUAUUAUGUUUUAAGGCAUUGAAAUGAUUUUAGAAAUAGUACCAGUUAGCACCGUGAAUAAUAGGCUUCAAGUAAUUUGUGUCCCAUGUGGUAAAGUCAACCUCCCCAUCCCGAGUAAAGCUCUUUCACAACUGUUGUCAUUGCUAAAAGAAUUUUCUUGACAUUUGAAUCAUGCAUCUUCUUUAGUUCAAUUUCAUUUGAUCGUACAUAUGUCGGGUCAGCAACAUGUACACAUUUUUGCAUCAUGUCAAGGAAAUAGGAGCACCAUGUAACAUUAACUAGAGCAGGAACUAUAAUCUGCACAAAGAUUAAUACUUUUGUUAGUAUGACAAUAGUUUGUUCCUCAUCCGCUAUUUUAUCUUAAAAAAAU